AUGCUGGGAGCGAUGAAGAUGGAAGCGCAUCAUGAGCAGCCGGACUGGAGCGCGUAUUACUCUGAACCUGAGUGCUACACAUCAGUUGGAAACAUGGCCAGUGGACUGGGUAUGAACUCUAUGGGUGCCUAUGUGAGCUGUGCAGGCAAUGUGAACAUGACAAGUUACGUGCCUGCAGGACUCGGCCACCCAACAAACACUGGAACCAACACGUGCACCGGGAUGACGUCCAGCCUGGCUUCCUAUCCAAACAUAAACACAAACAGUCAGGUUGCUGGUAGGCCUCGUGAUAUAAAAGGGUACCGGAGGAGCUACACACAUGCGAAACCUCCCUACUCAUACAUUUCACUGAUCACCAUGGCCAUUCAACAGUCCUCAUCUAAGAUGCUAACACUUAACGAGAUCUACCAGUGGAUCAUGGAUUUGUUUCCCUUUUACCGCCAAAACCAGCAGCGCUGGCAGAACUCGGUGCGCCACUCGCUCUCCUUCAACGACUGUUUUCUCAAAGUGUCCAGAUCACCAGAUAAACCAGGUAAAGGCUCCUUCUGGACACUUCAUCCCAAUUCAGGCAAUAUGUUUGAGAAUGGAUGCUAUCUGCGCAGGCAGAAACGUUUCAAAUGCGACAAGCAGGCAGACAAGGAGUCUGAGAUGAAACUGCCCGAUGAGACGGAACCUCCUCGAGACACGUCUCCAAAUAAAGAUGCAGAAAUGUCUGAUCUGAAAGAGGUUCAUAGUCCAGAGCAUCAGACUGAUCACCAGGACCACCACCAUGGUGAUCAUCAUCACCUUCAUCACAACCAUCUCCCUCAGCAUCUGCCUCAACACCAUCCCAUGCUCAUGCACGGCUCGCACCUAAAACCAGAGCACCACACGUACUCCUUCGACCACCCGUUCUCCAUCCACAACCUCAUGUCCAGCGAGCAGCAGCACCACAAACUGGACAUGAAGACUUACGAACAUGCCAUGCACUGCUCAGUCAGCUAUAGUUCAUCGAUGAAUGGGCCGCCGAUGAUGCCCACCAGGACCAGUGUCGAUCAUUCAGUACUUUCAUCAGAGUAUUCGUAUUAUCCGCUACCAACAUGUGUCAACAGGGCAUAAAACUGUUCAUUAGUUAUUAGUUUAACCCAGGUAAUGGACAAAAUACGCUUAUACAACUGACAUUCUUAUACAUUUCAAUCACUACACGUUAUGAACUUGAGGUCAAUGAAGUUUAUUG